ACUGAAGAAGUAGAGGAAGUGACUAUAAUGGAUUGUUGACUACUAACAGUAAUAGGCUACUUAUUUUUGAUCAAAGCUGAGGUAUAGGGUUUACGGAUUCUACUAAGAGAAGGAAAAUACUACGCAAAGGGAAGAGAAGAAGGAAGCGGUGUUACAGAUGCCAAGUGCCAUGAAAUACCAAAGAAGAAAAAGAGUCACAAGUACUCGAAGCCUGCAUGAGGAGGUCUUCUGUGUAAAAUGUCUUUUGCUUUGCAAUCCGACAAAGCAGUAUCAAAAAUAUCAGUCCUUAUUUCCAACAACAAGCAAAUAUCUUCAACAGAAGUGGGACAAUGCUUCAUAUGAUUUACACAGGCAAAAGGUUAAGGGUGCUAAUCCAUCAGUAAACACUGCUCCACCAAAAACCCAUGGUCAUCUGGUUCAGAAGUUGAAGAAACGACAGCUCGAGGAGGAGAGGGCACUUGUGAUUCAGAGGGAAAAUUUUAUGCUCUUAGAAAAAAUAGGAAACAUCAUAAGGACAAAUGGAGAAACUGACUGUUGGAAUGACUCUGAAAAGAAAAGACCAACAAAGGAGUAUCAGACAUAUCGCUCUUUGUUUCCAACAAAAAGCAGAUAUCUUCAGCAGAAAUGGGACAAUGCGAAAUAUGAUUUACACAGGAGAAAGGUCAAGUGUGCUAAUCCAACAGUUAACACUACUUCACCAAAAACCCAUGGUCAUCUGGUUCAGAAGUUGAAGAAACAACAGCUUGAGGAGGAGAGGGCAAUGGAGAUUCAGAGGGACAAUCAUAUUCUCUUGGAAAAAAUAUCAAACAUUGUGAGGACAAAUGGAGAAACUGACUGUUGGAAUGACUCUGAAAAGAAAAGGCCAACAAAGGAGUAUCAGACAUAUCAGUCAUUGUUUCCCACAAAAAACAAAUAUCUUCAGCAGAAAUGGGACAAUGCUACAUAUGAUUUACACCGGAGAAAGGUUCAGUCUGCUAGUCCUGCAAUAAACGCUGCUCCACCCAAAACCCAUGGUCAUCUGAUUCAGAAGUUGAAGAAAAGACAGCUUGAGGAAGAGAGGGCACUGGAGAUUCAGAGGGAAAAUACUCAUCUCAUGGAAAAAAUAUCACACAUCAUAAGGACAAAAGGAGGAGUUGACUGUUGGAAUGACGCUGAAAAGAAAAGGUCAACAAAGGAGUAUCAGACAUAUCAAUCAUUGUUUCCCACAAAAAACAAAUAUCUUCAGCAGAAAUGGGACAAGGCUACGUAUGAUUUACACCGGAGAAAGGUUGAGUGUGCUAAUCCAGCACUAGAUGCUACUGCACCAAAAACCCAUGGUCAUCUGGUUCAGAAGUUAAAGAAACAACAGCUCGAGGGGGAGAGGGCAGUGGAGAUUCAGAGGGAAAAUGAUAUUCUCAUGGAAAAAAUAUUGAACAUUAGGAAAGCAAGUGGAGAAACGGACUGUUGGAAUGACGCUGAAAAGAAAAGGCCAACAAAGGAGUAUCAGACAUAUCAGUCAUUGUUUCCCACAAAAAACAAAUAUCUUCAGCAGAAAUGGGACAAUGCUACAUAUGAUUUACACCGGAGAAAGGUUAAUUCUGCUAGUCCAGCAAUAAACGCUACUCCACCAAAAACCCAUGGUCAUCUGGUUCAGAAGUUAAAGAAAAAACAGCUUGAGGAGGAGAGGGCAACGGCGAUUCAGAGAGAAAAUUUUCAUCUCUUGGAAAAAAUAUCAAACAUCAUAAGGACAAAUGGAGGAGUUGACUGUUGGAAUGACUCUGAAAAGAAAAGGCCAACAAAGGAGUAUCAGUCAUACCGGUCAUUGUUUCCCACAAAAAGCAGAUAUCUUCAGCAGAAAUGGGACAAUUCUACAUAUGAUUUACACAGGAGAAAGGUUAAGUCUGCUAAUCCAACAAUAAAUAAUGCUGCACCAAAAACCCACGGUCAUCUGAUUCAGAAGGCAAAGAAACAACAGCUCGAGGAGGAGAGGGCACUGGUGAUUCAGAGGGAUAAUGCUAUUCUUUUGGACAAAAUAUCAAACACCAUGAACACAAAUGGAGGAGUUGACUGCUGGAAUGAUGACUAUAUGCUGUGCAGGUAUCACUAUAAUAUGAAGAGCUGGCAUGAGGACUGGCUCAAAACUCAAGAGUUGAUGGACAACAUUGCCCCCAGUGCAACAUCACAAAAGCAACAGGGGCAACAGAAACCUGGGAAGCAGAGCAGUGGUUUUGAUAAAGAAGAAAACACAGAUGCAACCACGUGGAGCCCUGCAAGCAACAACACAACUGACAAGGCAGAUUCUGAAGGAAAUUACACAAAAACAGAAACCAGCAGGACACAAGCUACAGAGAAUUGAUGCAUCAGGCCAUUGAUACACACCCCUGAGCCUGAUAUAGACAUCCACCACACAGAUUCAUGUGACAUUUCUUCUUCUGACACACACACACACACACACACCCAAACAAGAGUAGGAAACAGUCAAAGGAAAGAGAAGAAAAACGUCAGUUACGGGUGCCAACAACAAAAACAAGGAGCGACAUGCAUAUAAGAAGCACGAAACGCGAUGUUGAUCAGUUACAGUUUUCUGCACAGUAGACCAUAACAAACAUUUUAGACAAGAACAACGUUGACGCCAGAAACAGAUCACAGUAUAGUAUGGCAGUCUGAAUGUUUUGUACUAUUCUAGUCUAAAAUUGACUGUAGUACUUUGUAUAUGCUGUUUUUAAACAUAAUGUGGAUGACGAAAUAUGAAUAAAAAGUCAAAAUACA